GCUGCAAUGUUGAAGCUCAGGAAAGUAGAAAGUCAAAGUCAAUUUCAGUGUAGAUUAAUAAUGCUCUGGUAUAUUUACUUACAGUUUAGUCUCACACAUACUUCACAAUAGGCAAGUGUGAAGGAUUUCACACUUGCCUAUCAUUCAUAUUUCAAUUGCCAAUACUUGUUUCCUGCUACAAUACUACUUUUUGUUUCUCUCAAAGGUGACUGGCUGAUGUCUCCACAAAGGCAAGAAGACAUUCAAAGUAAUUACAACUGGAGUGACGUCACACCAAAACUGAUACCAAAGUAACGAAUCUGAAACUGAAAACAUUUCUCAAACCAACGCAUUUGCUGUUUUACAAAGUCUUCAGUAUGCCUCUGUACAUCCAUGCCUUGGCAUGUGCUUUUGGUCUGGGCUCCUGGGUGUCCAUUAAUGGCUUGUGGGUGGAGCUUCCACUGAUAGUCAAUAUUCUGCCAGAGGGCUGGGACUUACCCUCUUACCUCACAGUCAUCAUUCAGCUUGCCAACCUUGGCCCUCUGCUGGUCACCCUGGCACACAAAUUCUGUCCAGGACGACUACGUGAAAAUCUGGUUAUCUACACAGUCCUGUCAAUUGGUGUUGUAGCCUGUGUUCUACUGGCUUUGUUUUGGAGGAACACCACAGUGCUCCUAGGUCAACCACGUAGCACAGCAUUCUUUAUCCUGACGCUCUUUCUCGCAUUAGUGGAUUGCACCUCCUCUGUGACCUUCCUGCCAUUUAUGAUGCAACUUCCAGCUAAAUACAUCACCACAUACUUCAUUGGAGAGGGUCUGAGUGGUCUCGUUCCAGGCCUAGUGGCACUGGCGCAAGGGGUUGGGAUAUCAAAAUGUGUCAAUGUGUCACAUACAUCAGAUAACCUUACUGGAGACACAACCUAUGAAGUGGAGACGCAGUACCUCUCCCCCAAUUUCUCCACAGAGAUCUUUUUCUCCUUCUUAGCUGUAAUGACAGUAAUAAGUCUGGGUGCCUUCAUCAUACUAAAUCGUGUACCUCGCACCUUUGAACUCUCUACUGAAAAUCUUGUUGCAGACACAGAUACUGUGGCAACAGUCUGCAGGGGCUUGGAAGACGUCAAUCCAAGUACAAGAAUUCCAGAUGAAGAUAAAAAGAAGCAGAUCAAAGUGCUACUCCCUGUACCGCUGCACACUGGCUACCAGCUUGCAUUCAUCUAUUUCAUGGUGGUGUGGGUGAAUGGUGCAACAAAUGGACUGCUGCCAUCUGUGCAGACGUUCUCCUGUAUGCCCUAUGGAAAUAUGGCCUAUCACUUGUCAGCUGCUCUGUCAUCAGUGGCCAAUCCAGUAGCAUGCAUCAUUGCCAUGUUUUUCCCUAAACGCUCAUUAGUAUUUCUGGGUUUUCUGUGUCUGCUGGGCUCUGGUUUUGGAGGCUACAAUAUGGCCAUGGCUGCCAUGAGUCCUUGCCCAUUACUCCAAGAUACACCUCUAGGGGAUGCUAUAAUAGUUUUGUCGUGGGUGUUCUUCACUGGUCUGCUGUCUUAUGUAAAGGUGAUGGUGGGUGUGAUUCUGAGGGACCGGAGUCACAGUGCACUCGUGUGGUGUGGAGCAGCAGUGCAAGCAGGCUCCUUGUUGGGCUCUGUCAUUAUGUUUCCCCUGAUCAACAUCUAUCAUCUCUUCCAGUCGGGAGAUAUCUGCAAUACCAAAUGUCCAUUAUCAUGAGAGUUUCUACAGCAUUCAUGUGUGGUGUGAAGGACUCAUAGGGGAAUUAAAUACUUACACAGUUGCUGAGCGCACAGAGCUAAUGACCCUCUCUGUGGAAAAGAUGAAAUCCUUUUUCAUGAGUGCAUCAAAGUGUGCCAGGCCAUUCUGCAAAUAUUGACAAAAUAUGUUGAACUGGUGUUUGACACAUCCCCGAACAUUGUUUCAGUGUGCUUCCCUAUCAUUUUAGUUUCCAAUGAAUUCAUCAUUUUUAUAUUUUUAUAUUAUUGUGGAUUAUUAUUAUGGUGUUGUGUCUUCUUAACAGCUGGAAAUGUUUUAUUGUCACAUAUAUUUUUUGGAUCAUUCUAGACCAUAUUUCAUUCCUAUAUUAUGGCAAAAUCUAAUAAUUACAUAGUUUACUAAUUUUAUGUUAUAAAUCCUGACUCAGGCUGGUUUUAAAGGAAUGUUGUUGGUUCAAAACAAGUUAAGUUCUAUGCAUCUGUGGCAUCAUUACUCGGUUUGUACAACAGUGUAUAUACAGUAAUGCACUUGGCGAAUGUACUGGAGGGUUAAUAAGCAGAAAUGUGCAGGUCAUAUUUGUGUUAAUUCUUAAAAAAAAAAAAAAGGUGUUAUUUCAGCUGUAAAGUUCGUUGUAGCAGCUGAGGGACUACAUUUCUAGGUGAAUGAAUAUGUUUUACUGACAUAAUUCCUUCAGGUUGUGUCAAAGUGCUUUUCAAGGCAAGUCAGUUCACUUGGCCGCUAUCUUGGGAAUGCUUCCGAACGGCUAUUUUCUAUGGAUGCAAGUGGCAUGAAAGUACAGCUCCUAUCUAGUUAAAUGGGGAAAGACCAAAAUCUCAGAAAUGGUUUGUCAAGAUCAAAUCACAUAUUUAAAAUCAGCAGUGAAAUCUGACAACAGUGGUAUCAUAAAUUGUGCUCCUUUAGCUCACACUAAAACUAUUUUUAACUAUUUUUCAGGCUGGUCCAGCUAAUGUGAAUGUAUGUUCUUGAGGUAACUGACAGGUGAUGUCUCUGUUGAAAAAAGGUGAUUGGCUCUUUUAACUCUUAGGCAUGACUUCGUUUUGUACACCCGCCAUAUUGGGUUUUUAAUUUAUCCUAUUCAUUUUAAUACAAGUGGUCUGUGUCUGAGCUAAACAGUCUCUGGCAGUACCCAAUCCAUGCAUGUGAAAUUUACGGGGCUUUUAUGUUGGUCAUGAAAUGAGUUAAAAUAUUGGAUAUAACUGUGUAUACACCAGAUUAGACAGCGAUUUUAUCACACUUGUCUCAUUUUAACAUGUAUAAUGUUCAAGUCUUGAGACUAUACUUUUGGAACAGUGUACGUUUGUCCCAGUGCAAAGCAAUGCCCCAUUGACUGCCAAAGUAAUUGCCUUUUAUAGCUACUGUACCCACGAUUGCUUUGCUUGUUUUACUGGGGGACGAUAAAUUAUUAUCUGUGGUAAUCAAAAUUAUGUCACAGAUGCUGUCGACUGGACCUUGAGUUAAACCUAUGUCACCACUAGAUGCUGCUCAUUUGCUGUAUAUAUUCAGCUAAUGGCACUGCUACUUUACACCAGGUGGUUUUCACACUGGGGACAUUUGCUGCGGCUCGAAUCAGAGUGCGAUUGUUCCCUGCGCCCCCCAGCGUUUGUCUGGUUUCAGACUCAUUAUGAUUCUGUCGACCCCUGGUGCUUUUCCAUCAUCAAAUUGCACCAUCACAAACGUGCACAUGAUGGAAAGCACAAUGUGGGUCACUAUAUUUGUGUGUUUGUUAUUAAUUUUGUAUCAUUAUGCACACCAGAGUGAACGACACUUGCGCCUCUGUGCUUCGCAUGCUGUAAUUCAGCAGUUGUACAUGUCCAGGGGAAAGACUAUAUCUGAUGCUCACAAACCAUCUUUUUUGAGGACACAGCUGGUUGCACACUCACUCACUCACUCACUCACUCACAUAUAUAAAAUGCAUCUCACCUUUUCUGUGUCCCACAGCGUGUCCCUGCCACUCAUGAUGCACGUGUGAGUGUUUGUGCAAAUGAUGAUGUCAUUAUGCUUAAAUCGGCAAAAACGCAUGCACAAGUCAUUUUACUUCCUGGACAAGUGCGGACCCAGUACAGGUUGCUUUCUCACUCAUGCGAACUGCACCACAGUCCCAGUGCAACUGAACUCAGACCACCUCCUACAGGUAGUCUCGGGUGCUGUUCACGGGUGCGCACCCAAGUUCGGAAAACAGAGUUCACAUUAUCCAAACUAACCGAACUUUGACGUCAUUCGACCCUGGGUGCGUACCAAAAGUGCUAGUGUGAAAGCACCCUUAAGGUUUAAAAGUAUGUUGCCAAAUUCAUGUCAGCCAGUGUAAGGGUGUUUUCAGACCUGUAGCUCAUUUAAAUUGUUCCGAAACAGAGGCUAAAUUGUUACAAUGUUGCAUUUUCUUCUUGGUCCGGUUCACUUUCACAAAGCAACAUUUCAAAACGGACCAACACUGUGUUAAUAAAUGUCACAUGUGAGCAAACUGUCCUCUUAUUGGUCAAAGUUUGUGUGCUGUUCAGGUAUUUAGCUAUUGCAUCCAAAUACCGGUCAAAAUGAUAUACCUGCAUAAAUUUGUCAACUGUUACAAAUGUACUGUUUAUGUAACGGUUAUGCAAAAGGCUUCUGCGUGGCACAAAAUGUGCAUUCCAGUCAGGGGAUGCACUGCAAAUAAAAUCCGUCACUCAGAUGGAUAUGAAUUCUAAAAUUUUCGCCAUGGUUAUUUUUAUCUGUCAUUAGCUGCUUUUGCAUUAUUUCUGUAUUGAAAAGUGCCUGUUCUCAUGGA